AUUUUAGUUAUGCUAUGCAAUAAAAUAACAUUAUAUUUUUAUAUACUAUCUUCAUAAUUCAAUAUGAUCACAUUUAGCAAUCAAUGAGAAUAAAAAAGAUAACAACAUAAAACACAAAACUAAAUCAUAUCAACCCAAAGGAGAAUUCUAAAGAAUACAAAUGUUCAUCAACCUAAAGUAGAGAGAGAGAGAGAGAGAGAGAGAGAGAGAGAGCCUUUUGUUUGUGAAAAAAAUAGAAAAUUAUGCAUGGAAUAUAUGAGAGAGAGAAUGACAAAUGUAUAGUAUGAGGAUAAGAAUAAAAAUAAGAAGAUUCAAAAUUAAGGAAGAUAAAGGGAUAGAAAAAUAGUGAUAUUAAAGUAGAGAGUAGUAGGGAUAUGAAAAUUUUAAAUGGAAUGACAAAGUUUGAAGAAGGUAGAGAGUAGUGAGAAUAUGAAAAGUUAAAAUGGAAUUGAAAAUUUAAUAAUAAAUAAGAAUAGUUAAAAAUAAGAUAAAUAUGAUAUUUUGAUUGUAUUUAAUAGAGUUUUUAAUUCACUUUAAAUGUUAAAAAAUCAUAUAAAAAUUGGGAGAAAAAUGUUAAUGACAUGACUGCUGAUGUGGCUUAAUUGGAGUAUAAUAACAAUAAAUACUACGUUUCAACUUUUAAAUAUAUAUAGAUAUAGAUAAUGUAGUGAUUGUUCAAAGACACAAGCACGACACUAUAAACAGUUCUAGAAUGGGAUUUUGUGAUUGUUUUGUGGUUAAAAUACCUGUUGACAACCUUUUAUGUUAUGAUGCAAAUUCUUCUACUUCAACAACUCUUGAUCAUUGGAUAGAUCAUAUUGAUAUUCUUGCUAAGACUGUUUGGUGAUUGUAUACUGAUUGUUGCUACAAAUAUCUUCUUCCUUUUUUUCUUUUUAAUAUAUCUUCUUCUUGAUUCAAUCAUUUGGUCGCUAAUAAUUGCUUAGCACACACAAACUAUGAAAGCAUGGUGCUAAUUUACAAGUCAUUGACCUAACUUGUUUGAUGACCUUUGGCUCCUGUCCAUGUUGUCUUUUUCACAUGACAAAACAUUCAUGAUUCUAACUAGUUCAUGAUAAAAAUAAAUAAAUAAAAACAUGAGCAUAGAAGUGAGUCCCUUCAGUCUUGGCUUGUAGUCAUAAUCUUUUAGCUUAUGUAGUGCUUGGUAUUUUUGUAUGCAUGCAUGGGUUAGAAUGCUUCCUUGGUUUUGGAAGAAGCCAAGCUGAUAUGGGUUUAUAUGUAUCUCUAAUUAAUUUGAUGCUCAUCACACAAAAUCUGUUCCAAUUUCCGUUCAAGCCAUUUUUAAAUUGUGUAGAACUAGGCUGUAACUAAUUUCAUCCUCUUCUUCAAGACUUAAUUGAGAGGUAAGUUAAGUCAUCGAGUAGCAUAACAAAAGAAAGACGAGCAACCCAUCUCCUUUUGUAACCCUUGUCAAUGUCCUAAACCAUAUGCUUUUUCUUCCUUUAUAGAAUGUAUCUAAGAAUACCUUCAUGGAAAGAAAUAUAAGGUCAUAUGAAGAUGACGCAGCUUAUAUCUCUAAUUGUUUGAUGCAGAUGUUUCAGUGGGUAGAUCUCAGUGUUUCUCAUUUUCCAGGUGUUAUAAGUCUGGCAGCUGGUCUACUAAUAUGGAUGACAUCACUUCAUCUAGUGAGAAAGAAGAAGUUUGAGUUAUUCUUUUACACUCAUCAACUAUAUGUAAUCUUUAUUGUCUUUUAAGCUUUGCAUGUUGGGCAUUUCUUGUUCUGUGUAUCUGCUGGAGGAAUAUUUCUUUUCAUUCUAGAUCGUUUUUUGAGAUUCUGCCAAUCAUGAAAGACUGUUGAUAUCAUUUCAAUCAAGUGUCUUUCUUGUGGAACUGUGGAAUUGGUGCUUUCAAAACAUGCAAGUAAUACUAGUUCCCCACAAAUUUGUAGUUUCCUUGUUUUUAUGUUGUUACCAUAGCUAUGACACUUUUCUUCAACGAUGUAGAUCUACGGUACAAUGCCCUCAGUUUUAUUUUCCUUCAAGUUCGGGAAUUAUCUUGGCUGCAGUGGCAUCCUUUCAGUGUUUCAUCUAGUCCUCUGGAUGGUAAAUAUCAUCUAUCCAUUCUCAUUAAAGUUAUUGGGAAAUGGACAGAAAAGCUCAGAGGAAAUAUCUUGAAUAGUUUUGAAGCUGACCUACAUCUCCGGCCUCAAACAAAGAUAACAACUUCUGUUGAGGGGCCUUAUGGGCAUGAAUUACCAUAUCACUUGAUGUAUGAAAACCUUAUUUUAGUUGCAGGUGGCGUAGGAAUUUCACCUUUUUUGGCUAUCUUGAGUGACAUUCUCCAUCAUACUAGGGAAGGAAAACCUUGUUUGCCUCAAAACAUCUUGAUUGUUUGGGCUAUGAAAAGAUCAAACGAGCUUCCUCUUCUUUCUACUAAUGAUAUGGAAUUAAUUUGUCCAUUUUUUUUGGAUAAACUAAAUAUUGAGAUUCACAUUUUUGUCACUCAAGAAUCACAACCUCCACUGGAAGAGGGUCAAGUACACGAGGCUACAAACUCUCCUCCUCCUAUGUCUAACAGUUGCAGCAUGUCAGUUUUGGUUGGUACAGGAAAUAAUAUAUGGUCUGGACUAUAUGUUAUCUCAUCUACACUAGGCUUUGUUAUCUUACUGUAUUUACUGGAUACUUUCUACAUAAACCCUUAUGACAUAUUUCCUUGGUGGUACAAAGGGCUUCUCCUUUUAAUCUGCAUGCUUGCAAGUGUCUUUAUCUUUGGGGGUGUUGUGGUUGGUUUGUGGCAUCUUUGGGAAAGACGAAAUGCAACAAAGGAGGCAUGCAAGGAUAAUAGGAUAAUGGUUGAGAAGAUGCAACAUAAUGAAAUUGUAGUUCACACAGAUUCAUAUCAGCAAAAACAUGCAAGUUCAAUCAAUACUUAUUAUGGUUCGAGACCAGACUUCAAAGGUAUUGCAUCUUAA